GAUUGUGCUCUCCUCAUGUGCGCAGUCGCUGAUUCCUCUCGCUACUGACCUCACUCCUGUAGUCCGCAUUGUUUGCAGAGUGGACGGUUGUUAUCAGGUUCCAGUGAUUUCACGAUGACAGACGCGGUGAUGGGCACGAAAGGUGUCCAUGUGCAGUCUGGACCGUGUCUCGGUGCAGAGCUGACUGAUGAAGAGAAGGAGAUCAUCAACAGCGUAAUCGUCCGCGCCGAAAAAAUGGAGGCAAUGGAGCAAGAGAGGAUUGGACGUCUGGUGAAUCGUCUGGACAACAUGAAAAAAGCUGUUUGUGGGGACGGAGUGUCACGCUGCCUUUUAUGUGGAGAGCAGCUGGGUGCCGGAGGUGAUAGAUCAGUGGUUUGUGAGGACUGUAAAAAGGUGAGAAACUACCGGCCCACGCGUACAACCGGGGCCCCGCAAACUCCAGCUACGGCCCUUAUUGCCCAAAAACCACCUGUGGCUCCGAAACCUACUCACCUUCAAACUCACAGUUACUCAGAGGCGGAUGGAGAUGCGGGAAGCUCCCAGAAUACCCCAGUGCUGAUGAAGAAGACGGUGAACGUCCACGCGGCCAGACCAGUCCCAUCAGGCACAUUCCAGCCGGCUGCUCAGGAGGCAGAGAGAGGAUCCUAUCAGUCCAUUAGCACUGCGUCUCAUGUGCAGGAGAGAGCCCAUCCCGCAGAGAGAGCGGAGAUGAAGCCUGCUCCGCCAGCGGACGACGACCUACAAGUGCACACAAUACAAUUUAGGACUGCUCAGGAGGCAGAGAGAGGAUCCUAUCAGUCCAUUAGCACUGCGUCUCAUGUGCAGGAGAGAGCCCAUCCCGCAGAGAGAGCGGAGAUGAAGCCUGCUCCGCCAGCGGACGACGACGACGAGGCCAACAGCUAUGACUCCGAUGAAGCCACAACUCUGGGAUCACUGGAGUUCACUUUACUGUAUGACCAAGGGAACAACAGCCUUCACUGCAGCAUUAUUAGAGCGAAGGGUUUGAAACCGAUGGAUUCGAACGGACUGGCAGAUCCUUAUGUCAAGCUUCAUCUGUUACCGGGUGCGAGCAAGUCAACUAAAUUACGCACCAAGACCCUACGCAACACUCGCAACCCGACCUGGAAUGAGACGCUGGUGUACCACGGGCUGACAGACGACGACAUGCAGCGCAAGACCCUCAGAAUAUCUGUCUGUGAUGAAGACAAGUUUGGUCACAAUGAGUUCAUCGGAGAAACCAGAUUUGCGCUGAAAAAACUCAAGUUCAAUCAGAAGAAAAACUUGAACGUGUGUCUAGAGAGGGUUGUGCAGACAAAAAGGACAUCGACUGCAGGCGGUGCACGAGGAAUCACUCUCUAUGAGGAUGAGACUGGGAAGGAUGGAGCUGAGCUGGAAGAGAGAGGACGAAUCCUGAUAUCCCUCAUGUACAGCAGUCAGCUGAGUCGUCUCAUUGUAGGCGUUAUACGCUGUGUUCACUUAGCAGCAAUGGAUGCGAAUGGGUAUUCUGAUCCUUUUGUUAAAAUAUGUCUGAAACCUGAUAUGGGGAAGAAAGCAAAGAACAAGACGCAGACCAAGAAGAAAACACUCAACCCUGAGUUUAAUGAGGAAUUCAGCUAUGAAAUUAAGCAUGCAGAGCUGGCCAAAAAGACCCUUGACAUCUCAGUAUGGGACUAUGACAUUGGCAAAUGCAAUGACUAUAUAGGAGGCUGUCGGCUGGGUAUCACUGCCAAAGGUGAGUGUUUGAAGCACUGGUACGAAUGCCUCAAGAACAAAGACAAGAAGAUCGAGCGCUGGCAUACUCUGCUCAACGAGAAUCACGUCUCCAGCGACUAGGCUCUUCAAGCGUUCUGCAUGCCUUUAAGUUGUACUCGGCCCAUUUUGCAACUCCAUUCCCCUCCACUAUCUGCACAUCUUGGGCUAUACCGACCUUGCUCUUGUCUGGCUGACACAUGAAAUGCUUUCAAGAAACAAAAUGUGAUGUCUCGAGCUCUUCUGUUCACUGUGACCCACACAAACGACUAUAGGUUAGCACUGAAGUGUAAAAGAACUGCACAAAUAUGUCACGUUCACUAAUCUGGCCACAGGAGCAUUGUGUUUUUAAGUUCUAGUUUAAGAACAACUGUAGAAACUCCAAAUAAUUAUCUUGUCUCUUAGCAAUCUCUCUUAUUAAAAAGUAUUAGGAAAGUCUUUCGCCUUCAAAAAGAGGCCGAUACAGAAUGUAUAAGCCCUAUUUUAACCAGUCUAAGAAUGUUUACAGGCCAUAUAGAAUGUCAGGUCGAAUUACUUAAUUCUAUUUAGCGACUUAUUUAAAUACU